UGGAGGUUCUGGAGAACUGGGUUGAUGGGCUCUAUCGUCCUGGUUCUGGUCAGAACUCCAGCAGCAGCGUUCUGGACCGUUGGUUUGUCAGUCAGACCUGUGAAGACGCUGCUCCAGGAAUCACAGCCGCGAAAAUGAAACGCCUGGAUGCUAAAAUAUAGUCAGCCAUCACACUGCAGUAAAUGGCUUGCAGCAAGGUUCAGUAAAUGAUAAAUGUGUGUGUGUGUGUGUGUGUGAGUGUCAGUGUUACAAUGUUGUUGUUUUAACAAGAUUAGCUCACAAGCUAACAUUACUUCAGGCUUUCAUUAGGUCAAAGGUCAAAGGCAGGAGGUUUGGAGAAGGAGAGCCUUGGUUUCAUUCUUUUAUCUCUGAGUCCAGACGGACGGAUGGAUGUCAGAUUUCCUCUCUGAUCCUGUUCUUUCAUGAAAGAUUUUCCAGUUUUUUGAGCUAAUUUAAAUCAGUUUGUGUCUAAUCUGGAGAUUAAAGCAGCUUCCUGUAAUCCCAUCUAAGCUCCUCUCCUUUCUUCUUCUUCUCUGCUGGCAGAAACAAACUUCCUCACUCCGUUAGAAGAGCUCCUGAGGUUUAAAUCUGUUUUCAUCAUCGGUUAACUCGGCUUUAAUCGCCCACAAACAGCCGCACAUCCGCCGCCGGAGCGCCGCAGCUCCAGCCUGAUGAGUCGCCAUGGUGACCUCAGCACCACAUGAAGGGAAAACCACACACGCCUUCAAACGCAGCAGCGCUACCUGCCCGGCUUCCCAGGUGUGUUUUAAUCUCUCUGCGGUCUCUGUGGUGUCGGGUUUCAAACGGCCGCCUCACCUGAGGCCGUCCAGGAAGGAAACGAAGGCGGCGCUGUCCGCCGACUGAUGCGGUCGAACUUCAAACGCCACGCCAGACUUCUGAGGCUCUGCAGGCUCAGCGGAGACGGAUCAGAGGCAGCACGGCGCUAUAAAACCCCAUGGCUCCUGAACGCAGCGCAGCACUCACCUGGCUGGCUGGGAGAAAGGAGGAGGAGAAGCUCUUGGGAAAGAGGAGAAGAUCCUGAGGAAGAGGAGUGUUUUCAGAGGAAGGGUGGGCUGGUGGAUCGCAGGAUGUGGAUCUAUCGCAGCUUCCUGUGCGCGUCGCUGGUCUGUGGUUUGGCGCUGGACUCCAACACCAUCCGGUCGUCCAAAGAGGCGGCGCUGCAGAGCGCCGAGCAACCGAGAGGAGGCUGCAGUAACAGAGCUCAGAGGAGACACUCCAACACUGACCGACAGCUGGAUCGACACCAAGUCAAAGACAGAAUCACAGAUAGCUUCAACAGAACCAAAGCUCCACAGAUGUCGAGCUGCGUCCGAUCUGGGGACUGCGCCGCCGGCCUCUGCUGCGUCCGGUACCUGACCGGGAAGCGGUGCCAGAGGAUCCCGCUGGAGGGCGAGGCCUGCCUGCUGUGGGGCGCCACCAAGCGCCGCCGCAACCUGGGCCGCUGCGACUGCGCCGCCGGCCUGGUGUGCGCCGCGGAAAGCGGCGCCGAUCAGGCCAGCAGCAAGCGACAGGGAGUCUGCAUGGUCCGGUCCGGACCGGCCCAGAGGAAGACCAGACACUCCGGCCGGAAAAAGAAAAGGACGGCGGAGCGAAGCUGCUGAAGGAACUGAGCCGGGGAUAGGGUCCAAACUGGCCUGGGGACCGUGACCGGGCCCUCCGUCCCACCUUAUGGACUCGUUCUUCUUCUGCCCUUUAGGGAAAACCCAAUAAACGUUCAUGUGAGCGGCUCAAAAACUGGAUCAGAACUCAGAGUGAACCCAAACAUCUGAUCCAGUUCUGACUUCAUCUCCCAGACUCAACAUGGCAACCUGCUGCAGGCAGCCUGGUCCAACAUGGCAACCCGUUGUCUGGUCCAAACUGAAAACCUGUCAGUGUUUAAAUCAACCAGAUCUUUUUUUCCUAUCAGAACCAGAACCACCCAAGAUUCUGAAUCUGUGAGUUACUUAAAAAUCCAGAUUCUUCUGUUUGGGUUGAGCUGAACCAGAACAUUUUGGUUCCAGACAGGACUGGCCUAUGAAGCCUUUCUUCUGUUUCCAGUUAGCAUAAAGUUAAGAUGUUCUGAUCCAGAUUAAACACAGCGGUUCUGUUCUGUUCAGCAGAAAGGCUUCGCUCCAACAUCGGCCCAGUUCUGGUUUCGCUGACCUGUGAAUUUGCCGAUUGGACCUAGAGGAAACCGGAACCAGAACCUCGGGCCCAGGCUGAAACUGCGGAGGAAAACCACCAACCAAAUGUGGGGGUCAAAGGUCACCAUCUGAACAUAAACUGUGAGAACGUUCAUCCCGGUUACAGAUCAAUGAAUCGAGGUUCUGGUGGUACCAGAGAUACUUUCCUGUCAUUCAGAGGUCAAAGGUCACCUGUAAAUAUAGAAAUGACUCGCAUCGUCCUGUGGAUAUUUUUCUGAUUAAAUCUCAAUAAAAGUUAAUUUGUUAUAAAUCUGAAUAUCUGACUUUUUCUCUGGGAAACAUGUAAGUGCUGCCCCCUGGUGGAGGAGCGGAGUAACUGCUGCUGACCUCUGAACUGGUCCUGUCAGAUAUUCCUGUCCUGUCUCCUGGGGCAGAGUUCGGGUUUUCCCUGAAUGACUCUAUUACAGCAGAACACAAGGUUCUAGUUUAUGUUUCAAGAAAAGUUGUAUUCUUUUAUUUAUAAAAUUUCCUUUUGUUUAAAUAGGCCAAUUCAAUAAAUUAUGCUAUUUAAAAAGGCAAAGUGAAAUAAUAUAAAUUUGAUAAAUGCAUAGUAAUCUUGUAGUUUGGUUGGAGGUCAGUCACUCUGGUCUGAAUCCAGUUUAAAGGAGUUUUUGUUUCAUUCUGAACACUAGAAGUUCAGUUUCCUUCUCCUUAUGGUUUCUACUGUUUCCCUUUACUGUCUGUGUUUAUUUCUAACUUUAACUGUCUUUAAAUGUUAGGGGUUUAGAGAUGGUAUUAAAAGAAAAUCAAUAUUUCUUUUUCAUAAAAAUGCAAAAGCUAACUGUAUAUUUUUAUAAGAAACAUUUUUCUGAGUA